AUGAUGUGGAUAUUGUGGAUCAGAACUCAUCUGCGCCAGGACAGCUGGCCGUGUACAUGGGAGCGAUGGGAGCGGUGGGAGCGGUGGGAGCGGUGGGGGCGGGGCUGGUGGCACACGAGCUCGGAGUGGAGCUGGUCGCGCACUUGGGAUGAAGACAAGGACCACGACUACUCCGUGGUCUACGACGCCCGCACGUGCGAGACGCGUCUGGGAAGGAGCGUUGCACCAGCAACUCGGAAGCUGGUGGUGGCACUCGGAAUGCCCAACACGGGCACCACGUCUUUGCACGAGGCAUUCAUGUCAGCGGGCUUGUACUCUGUACGCUGGGCCUUGGAUGCCGGUUUGGACUCCAAGAAAGACAGGCAGCUGCGACUUUGGGGCAAGAAUUCCGAACACCGACUGGUGGGAAGACUGAUUGAACAAGCCGUGAGCGAGCGCAAAGAGCCCCUGGCAUAUCUUCCGUAUGUGGAUGCCUUGGCCGAGAUGAGCGGCAUGUUUUGGGAAGAUGAGCACCAGACCACGGUCCAGGCAUAUUUCCCUCAAAUGGUCCACUUAGAGGCGCUGGUUGAAGCCUACCCCCACGCGUACUUCAUCUUGAAUGUGAUGGACCUGGCUGCUUGGGUCGAGUCUGUGAACGGCCACAACGACCUGCGCAAGCGUUUCGAGUGUGCGGAUCUCCCUGGCUUGCCGGCCGGAGUCGGCACGAAGGAUGAGGAGCUUACGGCUUGGGUGGCGGCGCAUCACGAGCGCGUGCUGACCUUGCUUCCUCGUCGAAACGUCAAGCUGUUGCAUUUCAACAUCGACAUCCAUGGCUCGCAGGAGCUGAGCGACUUCCUCGGGUGUUCUGUCAAGUGGUCCAGAUUCAAUGAGACGAAGAAGCUAGUGAAGAAGCCUUGA